AUGUCGUUCCGGUCAAUUGUGCCUCCGCCCGACUUUUUAUCAAAAGCCGAGUUCAACAGACCUUGUGGUCGGUCACCAAAUAAAAUCUCUACUCUGCUAACUAAUGUGCAGCGAAGAAAUGUUCAAACACUUGCUCCAACAGAAUCUAAAGACCUAACAUUUUUUCAAAUGGCUGCUCAGGGUGAGCUGUUGUUGCUUCAAAGGGAAAUAGAAAGUCGAAACUUCAAUAUAGAUGUCCCAGAUAACCAGGGAUUUACUCCACUGUUAUGGGCUUGUGCUAAUGGACAGAAGGCUGCAGUGGAGUUACUCGUUUUCUAUGGUGCAAAUAUCAUUCUAUCUGGAGAUAACGGAGAAACAGGACUGCUCCUAGCUGCUAGCCGCGGUCACUUUGAUGUGGUUCUUUACUUGCUCAAGGCUGGAUGCCCAGUAGACCUUUCCGACGAACUGUGCAACACUGCGUUAAUGUUCGCAGCCUAUAACAAUAACGCCGCAAUCGUGUCUCUGUUACUCGAUUGGGGUGCUGAUAUUACUUCUAUAAAUGCAGAUGGGUGGACAGCACUGGAUUUUGCUAUACGACGAGGCUCACGUGCUAGCCAACGUAUAAUUGAGAAGCAUAUUUUAUCUCUGUUGCAAACUCAUUAGUUUUUC